UUUCUUAUGCUGAGUCCUCCCCUCUUUCUUCCUCUUCCUGCCAGUUACAGCAACAUUUUCAUUUAAAUGGCAUGCAAAAGCCUGGAGAUGUGGUUCUAGGUGGGCUGUUCCUGAUCCACUUUUUUACAGUCUUUCCUGACUUGUCUUUUACAUCAGAACCACAACAGCCUGCCUGCCACGGUUUUGAUGUUGUAGGACUUAGACGGGCACAGACCAUGGCCUUUGCUAUUGAUGAGAUCAACAGAAACCCCAACCUGCUACCUAAUGUGACUCUGGGAUACAGUCUUUAUGAUAACUGUGCCAAUCUAGGGAUUGGAUUUCGUGCAGCAUUGUCCUUAGUCAGUGGUCAAGAGGAGCAGUUUAUGUUAGACGAGACCUGUGUUGGAACCCCUCCAGUAGUGGGGAUUGUGGGAGAUGCUUCCUCUACUCGUUCUAUUGCCAUCUCCAGUGUCUUAGGUUUGUACAGAGUGCCCAUGGUGAGUUAUUUUGCCACAUGUUCCUGUCUGAGUGACCGGCAAAAGUUUCCAUCCUUUUUUAGGACAAUACCAAGUGAUGCUUUCCAGGUGCGUGCUAUGAUUCAGAUUCUAAAACAGUUUGGCUGGACUUGGGUUGGCCUGUUGAUCAGUGAUGAUGACUAUGGACUUCACGCUGCCCGAUCCUUCCAAUCUGACCUGGCUAAAUUGGGUGGAGGUUGUCUGGCUUAUUUGGAGGUUUUACCUUGGGGCAAUGACCAAGACGAAAUAAGGAGGAUUGUGGAUGUGAUGAAGAAAUCGACAGCUCGUGUGGUCAUUGUGUUUGCACAUGAGACUCACAUGACCAACCUCUUGCAUGAGGUGGUGAGGCAAAAUGUGACAGGCCUGCAGUACAUGACCAGUGAAGACUGGACAGCAGCGACUGUGCUCCACACUCCCCACCUCACGCCAUAUCUUGCUGGCACACUGGGUAUCGCCAUCCGUCUAGGAGAAAUCCCAGGUCUCAAGGAAUUCCUCCUGCAAACACGUCCUGACCUACACAACAACAACAGCUCUGGAAAUAGUGUGAUCAACCAAUUUUGGGAAUACACAUUUCAGUGUAGAUUUGCACCACCUCCAGCAGGUUGGGUAGAUGCUGGGGGAGCAUUGUGCACCGGACAGGAAGAUCUAGAAAGUGUGGAGACUGAGUUCAUGGAUGUUUCAGACCUCAGGUCAGAGUACAAUGUGUACAAGGCUGUGUAUGCACUGGCAUAUGCCCUUGAUGACAUGCUGCGCUGUGUGCCAGGCAGAGGGCCUUUCAGAGGACACAGCUGUGGCAGUUUGAAAGAACUGGAGCCAUGGCAGCUGGUGUAUUAUUUGGACAAAGUCAACUUCACCACACCAUUUGGUGAUCAAGUGUCAUUUGAUGAGAAUGGUGAUGCCUUACCAAUAUAUGAUAUCAUGAACUGGCUGUGGCUCCCUGAUGGAACAACUAAACUUCAGAAUGUGGGUGAGGUUAAGAAGUCAGCCUUCAAAAGUGAAGAACUCACAAUUGAUGCAGACAAAAUCUUCUGGAACUUUGAAUCAAAAAAGCCACCCAGGUCAGUGUGCAGUGAGAGCUGUCCUCCAGGUACUCGCAUGGCUAGAAAAAAAGGGGAACCUGUGUGCUGCUUUGACUGCAUCCCUUGUUCUGAGGCAAAGAUCAGCAAUGAGACUAACUCAUUGGAGUGCACCAGUUGUCCACAGGACUUCUGGCCCAGCCUCCAGCGUGACCACUGUGUUCCCAAGGAAACAGAGUUCCUCUCCUACCAUGAACCUCUGGGUAUCUGCUUGACAGUUGCUGCAUUGUUGGGCACCUGUAUGUGUGCUGUUGUCUUCAGCAUCUUCAUCUGUCAUCGCAGAACACCUAUAGUACGCGCCAACAACUCAGAAUUGAGUUUUCAGCUGUUGCUGUCACUUAAGUUAUGUUUCCUGUGUUCACUGCUGUUUAUUGGUCGUCCCACGCUGUGGACAUGCCAGCUGAGACAUGCAGCAUUUGGGAUCAGCUUUGUGCUUUGCAUCUCAUGUAUCCUGGUGAAAACCAUGGUGGUUCUGGCUGUGUUCAAGGCCUCCAAGCCAGGAGGUGGAGCCAGUCUGAAGUGGUUUGGUGCUAUGCAGCAGAGAGGGACAGUCAUGGUUCUCACUUCUGUUCAGGCAGCAAUCUGCACUGCCUGGAUUGUAUCUGCCUCACCAGUUCCUCAUAAAAACACUCAGUACCACAAUGAUAAAAUAGUUUAUGAAUGUGUCGUUGGGUCCACAGUUGGUUUUGCAGUUUUGUUGGGAUAUAUUGGCUUCCUGGCCAUCCUCAGUUUUCUGAUUGCAUUUAUAGCAAGAAAACUUCCAGAUAGUUUCAAUGAGGCCAAACUCAUCACUUUCAGCAUGCUGAUCUUCUGUGCUGUGUGGGUGGCCUUUGUCCCUGCUUAUGUCAGCUCACCGGGCAAAUAUGCAGAUGCAGUGGAGGUAUUCGCCAUCCUGGCCUCCAGUUUUGGCAUCUUGGUAGCACUGUUUGGACCCAAAUGUUACAUAAUCCUGCUGAGACCAGAGAGGAACACAAAGAAAGCCAUCAUGGGUCGAGGUGCUGAGACAUAAGAACUGUCCUUCAUUUCAUUAAACAGAAUGAAUCUCUUUUGUCUACACAAAAAAAUACAGGUGGUAGGCAAUAUGUUUCCAGUAGCAAUGUUAAGACAGUGACAAAGCAGGGUAUAUGUAAAGCAAAUAUAUUCAGAAAUUUCUUACCACUUGGAUCAAGCCAUUCUUUUCUUCCAGGACAUACUUUAAGUCUAAAUGUUUGCAUGCUGUAAAUUAAUUUAAUAGAGUUACUUCAUCUGAAAAAAAUAUGCUUUUAUUUUAAGUUUAUCUGACAUUAUCAUUUGCAUUUAAUUUUGACAAGUCUGGAGAUAAUGUUCACUAACAACACACACAUUUAUUUAUUUCUUUAUUGCCCCCACAUGCAAAAAUCUGCUGUCACCUUCUGAGUUUAUUUCAGACAGUCAGUCAGUAAUCUAACAACUUUUCUGGAUUACAAAAGAAUUGCAGGAAACACUGAUAUAACUACUGUACCAAAUAAACGCAUUAUACAGUCCAUUUUGGUUCAUCUGACUUUUGUAUGAGUUUGUUUUUCAGCUGCAUGGAGUUGAUGUUGACAUAAAGAUAUAGUCCCUGUUUUUUUUACUGUUUGCAAAUGCAAAAUGCUUCUUAGUUUAUGUCACACAGUCACUAUGUAGUCUAACAAUAAUGUAUGACUUCUCUUGAUUACAAAGGAAUUGCAGGAAUCAUUGACAAAGUGACACAACCAAAUAAAAGCGUUUGAGUCAAAAGUUGAUUGUGAGUCUUAAGUGUUUUGAAAUGUUAUUGAUUCUUAAACAGACACUGAACAGAAAGUGAGUUAAAAUACCCAAAUUACUGGCAGUGUUUUUGAGUAAUUGUUAUUAUUCUGCCUGGACUGGAUGAAAAUGUCACCAGACUGCAUGUCUGUUGAUGUUGUACCCUGA